AAUCGACUCUAGUCGUCCGUACACAUCAACGUGCACCGAAUAGGAGCCAGAGCCAACUCGUCACCGUCGGUUGGCUCUCUUCAGGCAAGUGAGGGUCACGAGUUGAAUCGCCACCGGCCCUUUCCUCUCUCACUCGUCAAGCCCAUUGAGGUGGAGCUUCGAUGGCGACAGUGCACCAACCCGCAAGCCCGCACCAACGACCAGACGACGUGAGGCUGCCUCGGUGCUGGCUGGCAGGCGUGCUUGACGACCAACUGCAGUCGUCUUUCCUCUUCCUUCCCAUACCACUCACACCGAUUAAAAUCAUGAACGCACCUCAGACUCGAAACUACCGCAAGCAAUUCGAGCUGAUUCGCGAGGGCCGCGACUUCUCGCGGCUCAUGCACCUUCCCGGCGACUUCUCAGAGGAGUUCGUAAUGGCAAUGACCGACGAGAAAUGGGGGCAGUGGUACAAGAGGAUGGCCCAGCGAAGGACCACCAUCUAUACCAGGAUCAAGAAGGGGGGAAAGGAGGUCAACCAACAGGAGGCCCGCAAGCAGCUGCUCCAGUACGAGCAGAGCUUCCUUUUGGCGGAGACAUCAACGUGCACCGAAUAGGAGCCAGAGCCAAUUCGUCACCGUCGGUUGACUCUCUCUCCAGGCAAGUGACGGUCACGAGACGGAUCGUCACCGGCCCUUUCCUCUCGCACUCGUCAAGCUCAUCGAGGUGGAGCUCCGAUAGCGGCAGUGCACCAAACCACA